AACCCACCGAACGAGCAGCAGCAACCUGUUGAUAAAACAGCAGACAGCGCUUUUUGCAGUUAAACGGUGGAAAUGAGAGCCGUUCUGGUAUGGAAAGAAACAUUCCGUGAACAAUGUGUUUAUGACCUUGCCUUCAAGCCAGAUGGAAGCCAGCUCAUAAUUGCUGCAGGGCUUCGUGUCCUGGUUUAUGAUGCAGCAGAUGGAGCUCUUAUCCAGCCUUUAAAAGGACACAAAGAUAUAGUAUACUGUGUGGCCUAUGCCAAAGAUGGCAAAAGGUUUGCCUCUGGGUCAGCAGACAAAAGCAUCAUCAUCUGGACUUCUAAAUUAGAGGGUAUUUUAAAAUAUACUCACAAUGACUCUAUCCAGUGUGUUGCCUACAACCCUGUCACUCACCAACUUGCCUCGUGCUCUUCUGGUGACUUUGGGCUGUGGUCUCCAGAGCAAAAAUCUGUGAACAAGCACAAAGUGAGCAGCAAAAUAACAUGUUGCGGGUGGACAAAUGAUGGGCAGUACCUUGCCCUCGGCAUGAUGAACGGCGUGGUGAGCAUACGGAACAAGAAUGGAGAGGAGAAAGUCAAAAUAGAGCGUCCAGGAGGCUCCUCCUCUCCUAUCUGGUCUAUAGCCUGGAAUCCCUCUAA